UACCGUAAGCAAUUAAAAAAUCGUCAGGCAAGGUCAGAAGCGUGUGUGUGUGACGUGCGCUGGCUCUUUCCGGCCGCUUUUUUUGCCAUUCAAAAAUAAAUGCCUGGCACUUGCUACUAGAAAGCUUUCAACUUGCUGCGCUGCCACGUGAAAAUUACUACACAUGUUGGGAAAAUUCACCUCGAAUCAUGUUCAGGUUUAUCAUCAAUACUCGCGUCCAGUGCCCGUAAAGAAGCCCGUCAAGACACACAGGCCAAGCUCAAAGCCUGUGAGGUGUGCUCAUUAAUUAAGAUUCGAAUUGCAAAAGGAAUUUUCUGCUACAACUAGCGCCAACAGCAGCAGCAACAGGAGCAGCAACAGCCUCAUUAUCAUCAACAUCGUUAUCGUUAUCGUUAUCAUCAUCAAAUUCUCGACGUGAGCGCAUCCGCCGCAGUGAAGCGCCAAACGUUUCGCACUCUUUCUGUCUACCUGUGUAUGUGUGUGUGUCUGUGUGCGUCCAUUACGGACUAUGUUGAAACCGAAACGUUUGGCCAAGCAAAAACCCAAAGCGAAACCGAUACCAUGGGGACUGAAAAAAAUCUGUUGGGGUCUCAUAAAUAUAACUGUGCCCAGGCAUCAGCCGCGCAGUUGGAUCGAGACAAAUUUUCAGAAGCGUGAAUGCAUCAAAUUUAUACCAUGCCCAAAGGACGAUACAAAAUGCUGCUGCGGUCAGGCACAAAUUACACAUCAGACAAUACCCGGCAUCGAGAGCGGCUCGCCCGGCGAUUUAUGGCUGCCCACGAAGCACACGCGGCCUCAGCCCACCGAUGCCUAUGGCACGAUUGAGUUUCAAGGUGGUGCGCAUCCCACCAAGGCGCAGUAUGUGCGUUUGUCAUUCGAUACGCGACCGGAACUGCUGGUGCAGCUAUUCACCAAAGAAUGGAAUCUGGAAUUGCCAAAACUUUUGAUCACCGUGCAAGGCGGCAAGGCCAACUUUGAUUUGCAGGCCAAGUUGAAAAAGGAGAUACGCAAAGGACUGCUGAAGGCGGCCAAGACCACAGGCGCUUGGAUUUUCACCGGUGGCACCAAUACCGGCGUCACCAAACAAGUGGGCGAUGCUCUGCUGCUGGAGGGUCAACAGCGCACAGGACGUGUGGUCAGCAUCGGAAUUGCGCCCUGGGGCAUUGUGGAGCGCAAUCAUGAGCUAUUGGGUCACAAUCGUGAAGUGCCCUGCCACAGCAUCAGUUCGCCCAGAUCCAAAUUGGCUGUGCUCAACAAUCGUCAUGCGUAUUUCCUGCUGGUCGACAAUGGCACAAUGGCCAAAUAUGGCGCUGAAUUGAUUCUGCGUCGCAAACUGGAGAAAUUCAUUUCGAAUUUAAAGCUGCAUCCAUUUACACAUUCCAGUACGCCGGUCGUUUGUCUGGUAAUCGAGGGCGGCACAAACACAAUACGUGCCGUCCUGGAAUACGUGACGGACUCACCGCCGGUGCCGGUGGUCGUAUGCGAUGGUUCCGGGCGUGCUGCCGAUUUGCUCGCCUUUGUGCACAAAUACGCCUCCGAUGGCGAGGAGCAGCCUGUGCUGGAAUCUAUGCGCGACUAUCUCAUUGGCACUAUACAAAAGACCUUCGAGGUGGGUUUGGAUCAGGCGGAGAAACUUUACCAGGAGCUGCUUCAAUGCACGCGCAACAAGAAUUUGAUUACCGUAUUUCGCAUACAGGAAAAGCCCGAGGGCGAGGCACAGGAGCUGGAUCAGACCAUACUCACUGCGCUGUUCAAGUCGCAGCAUCUCAGUCCGCCGGAGCAGCUGAGCUUGGCGCUAACGUGGAAUCGCGUGGACAUUGCACGCAGCGAAAUUUUCGUCUACGGACAGGAAUGGCCCAAUGGCGCUUUGGAUGAGGCCAUGAUGCAGGCACUCGAACAUGAUAGAAUCGAUUUUGUCAAAUUACUUUUGGAGAACGGCGUCUCAAUGAAGAAAUUUCUAACAAUACCGCGCCUCGAGGAGCUCUACAAUACCAAACAUGGUCCAGCCAACACUUUGGGUUACAUAUUGCGCGACGUUCGCCCGCACAUACCCAAGGGCUAUAUUUACACUCUGCACGACAUUGGCCUUGUCAUCAAUAAACUAAUGGGCGGCGCUUAUCGUUCGUAUUACACGCGCCGCAAGUUUCGUCCCAUUUAUGCCAAGGUGAUGAACAGCUAUGCAAAUGCCUGCCGCAAGUCCUCGACAUAUCAAUACCAGCGCUAUGCAGGCGCCAAUUCACUUAGCCUGGUCACCGGACUUUUGCCAUUUACAUCCGAAAUGGCGCUGUUUGAGUUCCCCUUCAAUGAGCUGCUGAUUUGGGCAGUGCUAACGAAGCGACAGCAAAUGGCGCUGCUGAUGUGGACACAUGGCGAGGAGGCGUUGGCCAAGUCGCUGGUCGCUUGCAAGCUGUACAAGGCGAUGGCACAUGAGGCGGCCGAGGAUGAUUUGGAUACGGAAAUUUAUGAGGAGCUGCGCUCAUAUGCCAAAGAAUUUGAGAGCAAGGGCAACAAACUGUUGGACUUUAGCUAUCGCCAGGAUGCGGAGAAGGCGCAGCGUCUGCUCACCUGCGAGCUGCACUCGUGGUCGAAUCAAAGUUGCCUCUCGCUGGCUGUGGCAGCCAAUCAUCGCGCACUGCUGGCGCAUCCCUGCAGCCAAGUGAUACUUGCAGAUCUCUGGAUGGGCGGACUGCGUACGCGCAAAAACACAAACUUUAAGGUUAUCUUGGGCUUGAUUAUGCCUUUCUAUAUAAGACAAUUGGACUUUAAGUCAAAGGAGGAGCUGCAGCAAAUGCCGCAAACAGAGGAAGAACAUUUGGAGAAUCAAAAUUUGGAUAACGAUGAUUCAGAUCGCUCACAACCCGAUGCUGAGUUUUUAUUAAAACCUGCUGAAAAGACUACGCCAGCAUUUAGCAGUCUAACAAAUUCAACAGAUGCUCUAUUGGCGGAUACGUAUUCAGUGCGCGAUACAAAAGUACACGAAAAUGGCAAAGUUAAUCUUACAGCUGGAGCAGAGCUGGAGCCCUCCAAAGUUUCCCUCACCGAUUCGGAUCCAUCGCAAUUUCGUGAGUUCUUUCCACUUUCGGAGUUCACCAAUGAGUUGAAACAGCAUCAACCACUGCGGCUAAAAAAGAAAUUCUACGAAUUCUAUACAGCGCCCAUAACAAAAUUCUGGGCUGAUUCGAUUGCCUACAUGUUCUUUCUGAUAAUGUUUUCGUUUACGGUGCUGGUGAAAAUGAAUCCGAUGCCGCGCUGGCAGGAAUGGUAUUCGAUAGCGUACAUUACCACAUUGGGAUUCGAGAAGGUGCGAGAGAUUGUAUCCUCCGAGCCGGUGGCCAUUACGCAUAAAUUCUCGGUAUGGACUUGGAAUAUGUGGAAUCCAUGCGAUGGCGCUGCCAUUAUACUCUUUAUCAUAGGCCUGGCGUUUCGCUUUCGUCCCAAUACAAUGGACAUUGGACGCGUUAUCUACUGUGUGGACAGCAUUUACUGGUAUUUGCGUAUACUUAAUAUACUGGGUGUCAACAAGUAUUUGGGUCCGCUGGUUACUAUGAUGGGUAAAAUGGUUAAGAAUAUGAUUUACUUUGUUGUGCUGUUGGCUGUGGUCUUAAUGAGCUUUGGCGUUAGUCGGCAGGCCAUACUGCAUCCGAAUAGCGAUCCCACUUGGCGGCUCAUCAGAGAGGUUACCUAUCAACCGUAUUUCAUGUUGUACGGCGAGGUGUUUGCCGAUGAUAUUGAUCCACCCUGUGGCGAGAAUCCACAUCAGCCCGCCUGCGUUACAGGCCACUGGGUAACGCCAAUCACAAUGUCCAUGUACCUGUUGAUUGCCAAUAUAUUGCUAAUCAAUCUGCUCAUUGCUGUCUUUAAUAAUAUUUUCAAUGAGGUCAAUUCGGUGUCACAUCAGGUGUGGAUGUUUCAGCGCUUCACUGUCGUCAUGGAGUAUCAACAGAAGCCGGUGCUGCCGCCGCCUUUCAUUGCCUUUUGCCAUUUCUAUUCGCUGCUUAAGUAUUGUGUGCGUAAAGCGAAAGGAUUGGAGGUGCAGCGGGACAAUGGUCUCAAGCUGUUUCUCGAAAAGGACGAUCUGGAGCGACUGUAUGACUUUGAGGAGGAGUGCGUCGAGGGCUUUUUCCAUGAGCAGGAAAUCAUAUUGAAUCAGUCGACGGAUGAGCGCGUUAAGAACACCACAGAGCGUGUCGAGACGAUGUCACAGAAAAUCGAGGAUAUCAAUCAAAAGGAGAAUAUACAAACGGCUACAGUGCAGAAUAUUGAAUUCCGUUUGCGCAAAAUGGAGGAAUCCUCGGAGCAGAUUCUGUCGCAUUUGGGUGUCAUACAUCGCUUUAUGUCCACACAUACAGCUGGCAAUGAGGACCUGCGUGGCUCGGUUAUGAAUUUGCCCACUGAAAUGCAUCGCAUGCGCACGAUUUCCAUGUCGGACAAUGAAGCGGGCGGUGCGGGCAGCAGCAGUGGUGGUGGUGGCGGCGGCGGUGCAGCAGCUGUGCCUAUUAGCGCUGCUGGACUGUCGGCAGCGCUGGGAUUAAGCGCUACACUGACGCUGAAUUCGCUGCAGGUAAACAAUCGACGUCGCUUUAAUCGCUCGCUCACUGAGGUGCGCCCAGAUGCUUAUAUACUGGACGAGGGCACACACUUUGAGGUGGUGCCGCUGCCUGAGGAACCCGAUGAGGCCAUCAAGUCACGCGAAGCGCUGAACGAGCAGGUGGUGCGCAAGGCUUCGAUGGUAUCCGAACCUGACUCUGAUUUAUAUUUGCCGCUUUCACAACGUCCCUCGACCUGCGAGACUGUUAAGCGUACGCCGUAUGUAACUGUACGCCAGGAUACAGGCGCCAGCACUGAGAGCAAGGAUACGCUAACGCCCAUGGGCGUCAAUGAUGAUGAUCAAACGUUAGUGGGCGGUGAUAAUUCGGAUGAUGCAGCGCCGGAUAUGACAUUUGAGGCUGCCCGGCAUCGAGCGCUGCGCCAGCGCACUGUGUCGCUUUGUCGCCGCAACUCGGAGACCUACUCGCUCACCGGCGCGGAUAUAAAUCGCUCGCACAUAAGUCUCAAUCAGCUGACGACGCUGUCGCGACGCCAGCUAAGCUUGACGCACUCUGAGCCGGACAGCGACAAGGAUAUGCCGCCAACGAUUGCAGCACCUGGUAAAUCAGUAUUGCAUGCGAAACCCAACAGAAAUAUUUUGCUGAAACUGCACAGCGAGUAUACCUCGAUAACGGAUGAGCUGGAGAGCGUCUGCCAUAUGAUUGCCUCGCCGACAGUCUCGCUGCAGAGCAACAAAGUUUCCCUGGAUCGCCCCAAGACGGAAAUGUCACGCGCUGAGGUUGCAGCAGCUUUGGAGAAGAAACAUCUGAAGGAGUGCGAGGAGAACGACUAUAGAAUACUCGAGGGACUGUUUGAAGCGCGUGGCUCUAUCGAUGCAGGCGUGCAGCCCUAUGAGAUUGGCGUCUCCGUGGACUACAGUCAUCGCUAUCCGCUACGUCGUGAAACUGCCGUCGAGCUAUCGCCUUCCAAGCCCGCCAUUGAGGGCGGACUGCUGGGCGCUGUGGGCGGCGGCGAUAGCAGCGAUACCACCAGCAGCCAUCAUGCUGCCACCAGCGGCUUUCAGCUGAAGCACGAGCGGCCCUGGCAGCGCAACUCUUCGAUGGAACAGCAGGCGUAUCAGUCGCCAUUGGUGCCCACGCGUGCCACCAGCGACUUUCUGAAUGCGCCCUACGACAGCAGCGGACGGCUGUUCAAAAAGUCCAGCGAGAGUUUGCAGAAAAACUCCAGCACGGAUACGGACUACUCGGCGCAUCCGUAUCGCUUCAUCAAGCAGAGCUCCAAUGAGACAAAUACCUCGCUCACCGGCUCAUAUAAUGUGGAUACGCCUUCGCUAACUGCUGAACCUUCGCUGGAUGCUGGCGACUCGCAAUCUGUGAGUGGCAUUAGCAUGAGCGUUGCGCCUGCUGUCUCCACAGCUCGCUAUCAGCCCAAGCGCACCGCUUCGGUGGGCGCCGUCGAUGGCCGUCAGCUGAAGAAACAGUUUAGCCUGGACCAGAGCAAGCCGCUGUCGGCGCAGGCAAGCGCUGAGGCGGCUGUAGUGGUGGAGGCUGGGCAAGCUACACUGCCUGCUUUGGCUGGCGCCAAACUGAUUUCCUCGCUUAAGCCGCCCUACAGCAGCAAGCUGGGCAUGAAUGUGCUCAAGGAGAGCAGCUCCAGCACCGAAGAGUCGCGCGACGGCGAAGCGCUCUCCAGCUCGCCGCUCUCCUCCUCCGCCAAGAGCAGCAAUGUGGCGCUCUCCAUACCACAGAUCAGCACGCAUUUGGUGCAGGACGAAAUAGCCAAGCUGUCGUCCAACAUUAAGAGCAGCACCGACUCCGAAAAGGAUCCGCCAUAUAAUGAGACAAUGUGUUAAAUACAAGUUACUAUCAUCAUCAUCAGUGAAUUGUGUGCGUUUAGUUUAAGUAGUUUGUAUGAGUAACUGAAUCCACCUUGUGCUCAAUCAAAUGGCAUUACUAGUCAAGCAUAUAUAUAAUUGGAACAUAUACAUAUUUAAUAUAUAUAUACAUAUAGCAUAUAUGAUUCAUGUUGAAACAGAGCUCGUGCAUGCAGCGCAUAUCAAAAUACAUUCGAGAUUUGCAACGCGCAAUUUACACAAGUGUUAAAUAAUUUUUGGACAAUACAUAGCACACAGAUUAUUGCUGUAUUUUUAUAUAAUGUAUUUAUUUACAAACGCCAUCUUUUAUUGUUGUUAUUAUACAAAUAGGAAAACCAAAAACUGUAACUUUAACUGUAAAGAGCGCAGCAAAUACAAAUUUUAAAUGCCAGCAUUUCUCACCCACACACAACACACGCAUACAAAUAUAUCUUUGUUUUAAAUGCUAAACCAAAACUAUAUAUAUAUUGUCUAGUAUUAGUCUAUCGUACAUAUGAGAUAUUACUAUAUGCAAUUUUCACAUAUCCUAUAGCAAACCAAAACUUAUCCAAUCCAAAAUAUUUUACUUGCCACAAAAAACACAAAAACUUAAA